CAUCAGUAUCAGUCACCCGAGAUCGUCCGAAAACGAGUCAGCUGUUAAACCGUGUCUGUAUUUGAACGUCCAACUUAAUUUCCCUGAAAUUAAGCUACUUUUACAACUUUCCAUCGUUUAAUCGCAUUAGUUAUUCGAAUUACGUUCGCGCAUCAUCCUAAGAAGUGUUAACUUGUACCGUUACCUCUAACAAUGAUGGGAAAUAGGGACAGUGAACAGUGCACUCUUCGGUGAGAGAAGUUGUCUGGUCUUCUCUAUAAUUCAUGGAUUUUGUGUACAAAUUUCACACGUAACCAUGCUUUCAGUUUAGUUUAAGGUCCAAAAAUGCUAAAUCAAGCCAUGGUUGAUGCAUUAUAUUCAGCUACUUAUGUUGAAGAUUACUUAGACUGCGUAGAGAAUCUUCCAGACGAUCUCCAGAGGUAUCUUACUCGCAUGCGAGAGCUGGAUGUAGUCUACCAAGAUGUGCUUCGAGAUGUGGAGCAGUUAUCAAGUUUUGACGCAAGCCAAAAAGAUUCAAGGAGACGAAACAUUUUGCGAGUACAAACUGCAUUGAUCCAAGCACAGGAACUUGGAGAUCAGAAACUCCAGCUAGUCCAGCAACUUCAAGAUCUUAUCGAAAACAAAUCAAGGCAACUCGAAAUAGAUUAUCACAAUUUAGGCUCUGAUUUUGGUAAAGAACAAGAAACCACUGAUAACCAUGUCAAAGAAAAAGAAAGCAGUCAGCAAACACCGGUAGUGCAACCAGUACAACAAAUUGACAAAAGCGGAGAGCGACAAAGUAAACGACCCCGAAGGCUCAGAACAGAAGUCGACACUAGUUAUCCAAUCGAGCCAAUCAGUGAACAAACAACACCUUUGCCGCGAGCAACUGCAACGGCAACCAAGAAAAAUCAAGCGACUGGGAAGAAGAAGAAGCGGAAAUCAAGACAGCAACGGGAAGAAACGCCUCCAAGGGAGGAUGAAAUACCCAUCGAUCCUGAUGAGCCAACAUAUUGCCUCUGUGAUCAAAUUUCUUAUGGAGAGAUGAUUCUAUGUGAUAAUGAUUUGUGUCCUAUUGAGUGGUUUCAUUUUUCAUGUGUUGCUUUAGCUACUAAACCAAAGGGCAAAUGGUUUUGCCCUAAGUGCCGUGGUGAUAGACCUAAUGUAAUGAAACCCAAAGCGCAGUUCCUUAAAGAAUUGGAGAGGUAUAAUAAAGAGAAAGAAGAAAAAGCCUAAGUACUGGUGCCAGUUCAAGCACAACAAUUUUUAAUUUUCUACUUUACAAUCACUAAUUCUUUUAUCUGUGCUAAACUUCUCAUCUUGAACUCAAUCAUGCCAGUAGUUUCAAGAAUUUUUUUCCAAUCUCCUGUGAAAUAGGUUUGUGUUUUCUUUCACGGUGUAAUGGUUAGGUUCAAGAACAAUAGGGCUGCAUUUUGCAACUAGGAACUACAAUAUCUGGCUCACCUGUAAAAGACGCAUGUGCUCAGGGAAACUAUUGGUACAUAUGUUGUUUCUAAACUCAGCUAGAUAUUGGAGUUCCUAAUUGCAGACUUUAGUCCAAAAGUGCUGUUGCACGCAAGAGUUACAGCCAUGUAAAGAGAACCUCUGCAGUAAAAUCUCACGAAAAUGUUGAUGGGCACAUCAAAAGUCUAAAUUUCACUCUGUAGCUUGCAGUGUGCAAAGCUCUUAACGCAUUUUCAAAUUUCUUACGUCCUUAGGCACUCUCUUUCCUAAUGUCCCAUCUAUCCUGUUAAAAAACGCAUGACCAUCAUAUCUGGAUAGUAUUUUGAGUGCAUUUAUAAAAUACAUCUGAUCAAUGGUAUUAUAUCCAAAAUCUGUUUUUUAGAGAAUUUCAGUCAUAAUUCAUUUUCCAUCUGAAAAACCAGUAAUUUCUUGAAAAUUAUCUUGAUUUUUUCUUCUCUGUCAGCUAAAUAUUCUUUAUAAACUUCAAGCUAUGAAAUCGGCUUAUUUCUCUUCAAAAAAGUAAAAUAGGAGGAAUCUCAAUACACCCUAAUGUGGUUUUGCUUUUUAGCCAUCAAAAUAUUUCCCUGUAUGGUGUGACAAUUGACAUAAAGAAUAUAUAAAGCACUUAACGGCUGAUUUCUAGAGCUACAUACCUGGAAUUAAUUUCUCAAAAUUUCUGUCCAUGCUUUAUUUGUCAUUAUAAGACAAAUCUAGAAAUUGACCUAAAAUUUUAAUAAUUUUUUUUUCUUCUCAUGUCUAACUUUCAAAAGUUUUAAACCUUAAUAAUUUAUCUUUCUUUUUUAAAGUAAACUAUAUUUGUGCUUGGAAAUUAUAAAAUUUUUCCAUAGGGAUAUUUGGUUUUGGAGUUCAGACGUUGAGUGCUGCUCAAGUGUCAGCCAAAUUAGGCAACUUAAUAUGGAUCGUGAAACUAGAGAGAACAGUUUUGCUGAUACAACCCUGUGAAUUACAUGUCAUAUUUCACUAUUAAACGAUAAUGUUGCAUCGUUCUUGCAGGAAUUUAAGGUGAAUUUUCCUUGUGUUUGGAAAAUUUUUCAUUCUAAAAUUUCGAGCCAAAUGUAUGAGUCAUCUUCUCCUGAAAAAUAGAAUUUCAGAAGUGCUGCAACAAAGAUUUGCAUUUUUUUCUUGUUUCAUUUUUGAUGUGUUAUUCUACUUUUCCUUAAGUUGCUUUUAAGAAUUAUUCAACAGCGCAUGGAGCAUUGAUUAACUUGGCAUUUUGCACAGUAAUUUUUUUAGUUUUAUGGAAAUGUACAUGGGUUAAUUUUUUAGCAUGAAAAAUAAUUGAGUGUAAUUUUCAAACAAAUGCGGCUCAAGUUGGUGCCAAAUUUCUAUCUUUAAGAAUACAUCUUGUUUGGGGAUAACAUUACCCCAUAGAGGGCAAGCACCUCUUGAUACCUCUACCUUUGAAUCUCCGAUCUUUUAAUGAUGCUGCAGUAAUAUGACUUUUCUUUGCCAAACGUUGAAUGUUAUUUCCUGAGGUUGUUAAAUAAUUUAAAUUAGAUUUCAUUUCAUCAUUUUUAGAGAAGAAAGUUUUUUUAAAAAUUGUUUAAAGAGACAGAUACUCUAACUAAAUUCCCACUUUUCUUUCUUUAUUAACACUGUCGAACUGUGCUGGCAAGGGUGGGAGCUGUAUUUAAAUUCACAUUUCUAAGUACGUUGGAUGUUAUUAUUUGAUAAAAAUCUGUAGAUUCAGUAAAUAAAUAAGUAUUUAUUCUUUA